CCAUCUUUGACGCUGGCAGUAUUGGGUUUCUGCUGGUGGUGCUGCUGGGAGGACGGCGGACGGCAGCGACUAAGAAAGAAGAAAGACGUGGCAGCAAGCAGGAAUCGGGGAUAGUGUCGUCGUUUCGAUUUGGGGAUAUUCCCUGCCCAAAAAUUUCCUGGAAAAUUGACUAGUAUUAAGUGUGAGUAAAAGGCGUGAUAGAUUGGAACUCAGUGAAGACACAGACGUUCCUGUUGAGAGCAACCAGCUAAUGAUUACAUUUUAAAGACAAUUUCUGUGGUCAAGUUGUCUUUUGAAAGAUUAAAUCUAUUUCAAGAGAACUUGAAGCUGAUCCUCGUCUUGAGGAAGCAGUGGCUUGUUUUCAAGAAGCCACUUGUGAUCUGAGAUCUACCCAGCAUGCCUAAUCAAGGAGAAGACUGCUAUUUUUUUUUCUAUUCUACAUGUACCAAAGGUGACAGCUGUCCAUUCCGUCACUGUGAAGCUGCACUAGGAAAUGAAACUGUUUGCACAUUAUGGCAAGAAGGGCGCUGUUUUCGACAAGUGUGCAGGUUUCGGCACAUGGAGAUCGAUAAAAAACGCAGUGAGAUUCCUUGUUACUGGGAAAAUCAACCAAUGGGAUGUCAAAAACUAAACUGCGCUUUCCAUCACAACAGAGGACGUUAUGUUGACGGCCUUUUCCUCCCUCCAAGCAAAACUGUGCUGCCCACUGUUCCUGAGUCACCAGAAGAGGAAGUGAAGGCUUGCCAGCUCACAGUUCAGCAGAGCAAAUUAUCUGUCCAGUCUAAUCCCUCCCCUCAGCUGCGAAGUGUGAUGAAAGUAGAAAGUUCAGAAAAUGUUCCCAGCCCCACACAUCCACCAGUUGUAAUCAAUGCUGCAGAUGAUGAUGAAGAUGAUGAUGAUCAGUUUUCUGAGGAAGGUGAUGAAACCAAAACACCUACUCUGCAACCAACUCCUGAAGUUCAUAAUGGAUUACGAGGAGCUUCUGCCCGGAAAGCUGGGAUCAGUUUAAAACAAGGUGAAUGUUUGAAUUUUGGAAUAAAAACCCUUGAGGAAAUUAAGUCAAAGAAAAUGAAGGAAAAAUCCAAGAAGCAAGGAGAAAGUUCUUCGGGAGUUUCCAGUCUUUUACUCCAACCUCAGCCCAUUCCAGGUCUUGAAAAAGAGAAUGUCCGGACUGUGGUGAGGACAGUGACUCUGUCCAACAAACAAGGAGAAGAACCCUUGGUAAGAUUGAGUCUAACCGAGAGACUGGGGAAACGAAAAUUUUCAGUAGGUGGUGAAGGCGAUCCUCCAUUAAAGCGUAGCCUUGCACAGAGGCUAGGAAAGAAAGUUGAUGCUUCAGAAACUGAUAAAACACCAAAGAAAGCUCAGGUUUCCAAGUCUCUAAAGGAACGAUUAGGCCUGUCAGCUGGUCCAAACAAUGAGGAAGCAGCAGAGAGAAUUACUAAAGUUGGUGAGAUCCACGUGAAGACUUUAGAAGAAAUUCUUCUUGAAAGAGCCAGUCAAAAACGUGGAGAAUUACAAACCAAACUCAAGGCAGAAGGACCUUCAAAAGUUGAUGAUUCUACUUUAGGAACCAGAAGCUCCUCCACAAUCCGAAUCAAAACCUUCUCUGAGGUCCUGGCUGAAAAGAAACAUCGGCAGCAGGAAGCAGAGAGACAGAAAAGCAAAAAAGAUUUAACCUGCAUCAAGUUAAAGACUGAUAAUGAAAUUAAAAAAACAGUGGUUUUGCCACCCAUAGUUGUCAGCAAAGGACAAUCAGAGGAGCCUGCGGGUAGAACAAAGUCUAUGCAGGAGGUGCAUAUCAAGACGCUGGAGGAAAUUAAACUAGAGAAGGCACUGAGGGUGCAGCAGAGCUCUGAGAGCAGCAGCAGCUCCCAGCCCCAGCCUGAUGCCACCCCAGCGGCAAGGCGGCUUCUCCGAAUCACCAAAAAAUCAGGUAUAAAAGAAGAGAAGAAACUUCAAGAAGGCAGUGAAGUUGCUUCUCAGAGCAGUGUUACCAGAACAGAAGGUAAAGAGGUUUCGGCUGAGACAACAGGAGUUGGCAUCACUAAAGUUCAAGUCAAGAGAUGUGAGACCACGAGAGAAAAGCACAUACAGAAACAGCCAGAGAGGGGAACCUCUCAGAAGGAAACAUCAGUUUUGACACCCCUCUGGGGAGAUGUAGACUCUUACAGUACCCAGAUAGCAGAGAAGCCAGUGCUCACUACUGUGCCAGGCUUCACACGACACCUGACAAAGCGGCUUCCUACAAAGUCAUCCCAGAAGGCAGAAUUAGAAACCUCAGGGAUUGGGGACUCAAUAUUGAAUGUGAAAUGUGCGGCACAGACCUUGGAAAAAAAGGGUAAAGCUAAACCCAAAGUGAAUGUGAAGCCAUCUGUGGUUAAAGUUGUCUCAUCGCCCAAAUUGGCCCCCAAACGCAAGGCAGUGGAGGUUCACCCUGCUGUCAUUGCAGCUGUGAAGCCACUCAGCUCCAGCAGUGUCCUGCAGGAAAGCCCAGCCAAAAAAGCAGCUGUGGCUGUCAUCCCACUCGUCUCUGAGGACAGAUCAGUCACUGUGCCGGAGACGGAGAAACCUAGAGACAGUCUUGUGCUGCCUUCAACCCAGUCACCUUCAGAUACCUCCCCACCAGAAGUAUCUGGCCCUUCCUCAUCCCAGAUGGCCACAAAAACUCGCCGACUCAGCUCUGCUUCAACAGGAAAGCCCCCGCUCUCUGUGGAGGAUGAUUUUGAGAAACUAAUAUGGGAGAUUUCAGGAGGCAAAUUAGAAGCUGAGAUUGACCUGGAUCCUGGGAAGGAUGAAGAUGACCUUCUGCUUGAGCUAUCAGAAAUGAUUGAUAGCUGAAGGUGGUAGUAGAACAUUUAAAACAAACAAAAACAAACAAACAAAAACUUGCCAAAACCUGGACUUUUAUCUAUUAUAACAUUUACCCAAGAUGGUCAUUUCUUUAGUCUAGAAUUCGCCCCAAAUCAGAAGUAUACCUCUGAAUUAUCUCUAUGUGUCCUGGAUUCCUUGGGUCAGAUUUUUAAAUUCCCUGGUAACCAUUUUGUCUAUUUGAUGACAUGACAUUGUUUAGCAUCUUCAAGAAAAAGUUCUGGUUUACCUCUCUCUCCACAAAAAGACUGAGAGGGAGAUCCAAGUGAAAGGGUGCAAGAGAACUUAGUGACUCCUUGAGGUGUUUGUCAUUUUUUGGCUUUUUCCCCCUUUGUUGUAUUAUUUCUUUUAUGUAUUGUCUUACUGUGCUUAAUGUACCUGAGUUUGAAAAGGAUGAAGACAGCUGCUACCAUUAAGGACCAAAUUUCACGCUACCACUAAACAAACAAAACAAAAAAAAUCCACUCGGUCUCUGUUAAAUUGCAUGUGUUUUUAAAGGUAUUUGGAGAUUCACCUAAGCUUUAGAGAGAGCUGAGCAGCUCAGAAAGCCUGUAAUUUGGACAUAACUUUUGGACCUGAUUUUCAUGUUUCUGCUGCUGUGUAAGUCUCUGAAGAGCAAUAGCUAACUUAUUACUGUAAUUUUUUAAGGCUUUAAAGUGCCUCAGGGGUUCUCUGAAACUAAUUUUCUAUUUCUGGGAUUCCCUGGAUUCUUAAUAAGAGAUGGUGACAUAAUGAUUACAGAAAUUCUCAUUUUAGUAUGAAAAUUGUCCCUUCUCUUCUUUAGUACUUGCCUCCUCCUAGCAUUGAAUUAUCACAGGGAUAAAAAUUGGUUAAUUAUAUAUUUCUAACUCUCCCGGCAAACUCCUCUUGCCCAGUAUUUAUUUGGUGUCUUUUAACCACCUAAGGGGGAAAAAAAUGAAUUCAUUCGAGCUACCAAUAUUUAUCUAUGGACUGUAGCAGUACAAUGAAUUGUACUAUAGAAGGGAUUAUUCGAGAUGUUCUGGGGGUGUAUUGUAUACCUUCCAGUUUUCUUCAUUUCCGAAUUAAAUUUUCUUGAUGUUGGUCACCUUUAUAUCACCUCAAGGUUUAACUGUGAAGGAACAAGUAUGAUGGGGAUAAUAGUCUUGAAAGGAGACAUUGUACAUAAUUGAAAAGAAGAGGAAAGAAGGACUUGUCCGUUUUGAUAAUUUGCUGUAGGUGGCCAGUGUUGUUUCUCAUAGGGAAAUCUGAUCCACCUGUCAUAUUGGCUCCUAAGGAACUGCUGUUGUAAGCGGCUCAUCAAGAGUUGAACUUCAUGUAGCCUUGCUGGGAAUAUGGAAAAGGAAGAAAGCCACAGGACUGCCCAUUCAGUCUUGGAAAGAUCUGGAUGAUUCUGCAAAGCAAAAAUGACUUGAAAUUUAUGUAUAGACACCUCUCUACCAAUCCAUCUUCAACUGACCGAAUGUUGUAUAAUAGCCCUUCUCCAAAGCAGGGUGGAAUGUUCUGGUUUCACCACAGAUUUUCUACUCAUUUCAUUUUUGGAAUCAGCUUAUAGAUUCCAAGUCUCUUUUGUAUAUAACCUUUAUUCUUUUGCUUUUUAAAAAAUAAUUUUGUUUCAUAUUUAAAGUCCUUGUAUUAGUCAGUGAUUAAUGUUCAACAUUAUUUCAACCAUUCGCCAUUACGCAAAGAAUUACUUAUUGUGUUUUAAAUAAAACUGGUGUAGGAAAGUCUUGACGUUGUGAGUUAAGUAGUGUACGUCACUCCAGCCUAGGAUCGGCCUCAGUAGAGGUGCCUGUCAGAAUGUUGGCCUUUUGUGUAAGUGCUCCAAUUUCACAGAUGUCAUUUGGCUUUAGAAACUUCUUACAAGGACAUAUUGCCAGACUUACCCACACGUAUGCUUAGUUUUAGCCACAUAUGCUUUAGGCGUGAGCGAAUAUUAUGUGUUUUUUUUCCCUGACACUGAUUCUUAGCCAUUAUCAUUGUAACUCAAGUAAUGCCAUUAUUUGUUUCAAAAGAGAGGGUUUAGAAGUGAUCUUAAAUGGAUUCAACAAUUUAGAUUUCAAGCAUGAAUACUAAUAUAAAAAUUUUAAUUCAGGAAAAUCCAGGUUUUUUCAGUAGUGGGCUACUUUUUAUGGGAUUACAUGUAAAUUGUUGGCCACCAAAGAACUUAGAUUUUUUUUCCAAAUAGUAAUCCCAACAAGUUGAAUCAGCUUGUCACAAAAGCAAAACAUUGUGUAUUCAGUUUUGAGUGAUGAUGGUUUUCAAUUUUAACAGAAAAAGGCCCAAAUGUUGCAGAGUUUGGCCAUAGCCAGAAAUUUCAAGAUAGUCCAUGACUGAUACAUUUGUCUCAUAAUGAUCCCUAAAAUUGUGACUUAAACUCAAAUGUCAGUGGGUCCUCUUUCAUGGCCAGAACAGAGUUUAUUUUCAUCUUGACCAAUCAUUGAAACCACCAUUGAGAUAAGACUGAUGUUUAAUAAUUACAGCUUCAGAAAUAAAGCGUAUUGUAUAUUG